GACAUCUUUUGAACGUCUCACUCGCGUUUUGGCUUUACAACAAACAAAAACCGACAUUUUAGCUUCAUGCAAGCGAACUAUCUCUGUUUGCGUCACAAUUUUAACGUUAACACGUCAAACUCGACGAAAAUGUGUUCAUUUGUGCCUUUUAAAUGCCCAAAAUACUUAACGCGGAAGUAGAAGCGUCCGCGUCUGAAGGAGGAACUCACUUGUCACCAUUAACAACUACAAAAAAAAUAAAUAAAUAAAAAAUGCUUCCGAACCCGACUUGUACAACACGGUUUUAUUUAUUUGGGCGUGGUUUUUCUUGACUGUAUCCAAUCUUUGAGUGGUCAAACAGGCGCGAGUGCGCAUGUCAGUAUUAAAAAAAAAAAAAAAAAAAAAAAAAAAAAAAAAAGCAGGAAGUCAAGUGAGCUCAGGUGUGCUCAGUGUCUUUAAUCUUAUUUAAUUACAUUUUUCGUCGUGCAUGUUUCUAUUUGUCCUUUUUAUUUGUUGUUUAUGUAACGUUUUCCCAUUUUUGUCACAUGCACUGCUGUUAUGUUUUGACGUUGUCGAAUAAAGAUGGGGGGGGGAGCACAGCUAUGCUGCAUGUAAUUUGUUUUAGUACACUGUAGUUUGUGUUUUAGUUCACCGUGUGCUCAGUACUUUAAAUUUCAAGUUUUCAAUCAAUCACUGUCAAUCAACCAAAAUCUUUAUUUAACCAGUAAAAAAAUCAUUGAGACCGAGGUCUUUCUUUCAAGGUUGAUCUGGCCCAGAAGGUGGAUCACAAUUAAUGUCAUAUCAACAAUGAAAUAUAUAUGUAAAAGAACACAGUAUACAUACAAGUAAAAGCAAAAUAACAGUAUGAUUACAAACAGAAAACUGUCAAAGGUUAAUAAACUUAUACAGUCUUACAUGUUUCAGUACACUGUAUGUUGUAUGAUGGGUAUUUUGUGUCUCAACACACUGUUGGAUAUUUUGUGUGUUGGUAAACUUGACAUUGAGUAACUUGUGUAUUAGUACACUGUAUGUUGAGUAUUUUGUGUUUUACUACAUUUAAUAUUGAGUAUUUUUGUGUCAGUGCACUGGUGUGAAACAUGUUUUGGGAGCCUUAUAUGGUCCAAUGAGAGUAUUUAAAAAACUAAAAUAAAUAAAUAAAACCUCAGACUAGCUAAUAUAAAAAUCCCAAAAUGUACAAAUGCUUGUAUGAAUAACUACUUAACGCUUUUCUUGCAUUAGAUUUUAAGAAUGGACCUGAAAUAAAAAAAGAAGUUGAUCAACUUCAUUUUGCAGCUAAAUGUAUGCAGAUAUAAAUGUUGCUGCGUUGUAGCCUAGUAAUUGGAGAUUUUGCUGAAUUACCUUCGAGUUGUAGGUAUGAGUGAUGUUAGGAUGACAUUAUCAGGCCUAUAGCGAGAGAGAGUCCUCUCUCUCUCUCCCCCUCUCCCUCCCUCCCCAGCGUCCUCCGAAUGAGAUUGGCCACCCACUUCUCAUAGGUCGGGAGUUUGGUACAGUGGCAUCCCCCCACCUCUUUUGUCCCGUGGUUUUGAUUUUCGGGCCCGUCAUGUGACACGCUAUGCGGAAAAUAUUACGCGAAUUGAUUUGAUGCUGCGACCCAUCAGGCCCCUCAAACAGACGCUUGUUCCCGUAGAAGUGGGACACCAUCCGCUACGGGAGGUUUCAAAACAACUUAUUUAAAAGUAAAAUAAGUCUUAAAUAGUCAUUUGAAUUUUAACUGUUAUACAAAUACAUAGAGAUGUUAAACACUUAAAAACCCAAAUCGUUAUUGACCCACCCGCACCGCACAGUUUAAAAAAUAAUAAUUUCCACAAGAUGGCGGUAAAGCAUUUUUCUAUUACACAUGGUUCUGGCCUGAGCACAAAAACUGAGGCUAGGUUCCAAAAUAAAAUAAGUGAAUAUGUAAAUUCACAAAUGCCAAACCACGAAUCUGUAGGAAUUUGCUGUACACGUUUUCGAUACAUUUUUCUGCUCAUUUUCAUGAUAGUCGUUAGCCUUUAUGCUAUAUCAGUUACAUGCUAUUUAUAUGUUCCUUUUGUAGACAAUCCGAAUCACACACAUUCUAUGAGGGCUGCAAUGAUUAUUUGAAUAACUCAAAUAAUUGGAUGAUUUCACUUUUUUUUUUUUUUUUUUUUUAAUAUAAAAGUGCAAUGUGUGUCCUGCAAUUAAUUGCAAUUGUAAUGCCUCCACAGGUGGCCGAGGAUAGACAAAACUGCCGGUGCACUGUCAAUUGCUUUAUUGAACAAUCGGUACCAAUAUUAAUAACGUUCAUAUGCAAGCUUCUAUCUGCAGUUGCUUAACAUUUAGAUUGGCUAACGGUUAGCCAGUUAACAGCCAGCUGCUCAUCUGCACGAGCAGCCAACUCCUCUCUCACUGGCAACUCCCACAUCACUCACCAGGCCAGGCCACACCUUUUAAAGCCAAACACGUUCAAAGUCACAUAUACUACAGUGUAUAAUGUAAGGAGGGGAACCAAAGUGGCCAAAAAUAAUACCUGAAUAAAUUAUCGUUAAAUGAUACAAAAUCAAAUUCUAUUACUCAAAUAAUUGAGUAAUAGAAUUUGCUAGAAUAAUGGAUUCUAAAAAGAUUUAAUAGCCCCAACCUUAAACUCUACCCCUUAGAGAGCAACUUGUCAUAUUAUUAGGGACGCCUCACACACACAUUCAUGUUCAUCUUAAGAACACACAAUUCCCGCUUUAACCCCUCGGGCGUCCGUUCCGGCUGGCUAGCAUUGCCGCCUCCCCAAAGUGGACCGACAGGCCCUGGCCGGGAUUAGGCCAGCGCUAAUCUGGGACACGUCAGAUUACGCUUUUCACUUCGCGCAGCUCACGUGACACAAAACAGGACCUCCCGAAUGGAGGGAUGGAUGGAUAGAGUAGAUGAGAGUGGGAAGGAAGAAGGGUCACGCAAUAACACCGCCGCACUACCGUGUCGGGAAGAAAGGACGAUGCGAACUAAGAACGCGACAGCCACAUGUACGCAAACGAGCCGGGCUAAAAUUGCAGCGGUCGGACAACAUGGAGGCUCUGGAGGAGUACCGCUCGCCCUUCGACUUUGAGCGAGGUGUCGAUGCCAGCUACCUCCGCCUGGCGCCCGCCUUCAGCGACACACCGACGCUGCCCAGCAGAGGCUCGCAGCAGGAUCUGGAUCCGGUGGCCGAAGUGGGACAGGACGCGGCGAUGGGCGUCGGACCCCCGUCGCCAACCCCUAUGAUGACUGAGGAGGAACGCCAGGAGCUGCAAGUGGAGUUGUUGAGGGUGGAGGAUGAGAUCCAGACGCUGUCUCAGGUUCUGGCGGUGAAGGAGACGCAGCUGGCCGACAUCAAACGGAAGCUGGGGGUGACGCCGCUCAACGAGCUCAAGCAGAACUUCACCAAAUCUUGGCAGGAAGUCACCACCUCAUCGGCGUACAAGAGGACAUCGGAGACGCUGUCGCACGCCGGCCUCAAGGCCACGGCGGCCUUGUCCAACGUGAGCGCGGCCAUCAGCCGCAAGCUGGAAGACGUCAGCAAGCGCUCUUUGCAGCACUCGGCUAGCAUGCCUGUCAUGAGGAAUGCUCCCUCCUUCAAGUCCUUUGAGGAGAAAGUGGGGUCAUGGAAGAACAAGACGAGUCAAUCGGAGAUGGACGCUGGCGAGCAGAUUAACGUUCCAGAUGCGGAGCCUCAGCACCAGGACACGCCCACCACCCUUGACACGCCCUUGCACUAACCCCCUGAGCCCCAACCCUUUGACCCCCCCCCCCCCACAAACAUAUCUUCAAAGGUGUCGGUAUCCUGAAUUCAUUAGAACCUCGCAACCUCCUGACAUCGCUUUAUGUGGCACACGCUCACUCAGCUUCACCCCACCCACACUUCACUUAACACAAACGCAUGUUGUUGUUGUUCUAUAGCUUCAUCAUGUUAACAUUUUUUUUUGUCGUGUUUGGGGCCAAAUCAGCUUUAUUUAUAAUAGUCUAACACACACACUCAAGGUAGUGAAGCCAAAGUGAACAUUUGAACAAAGUUGGUGACCGCUGCCUCGUUACUAACUGUAAGCCAUAAAAAAAAAAAGGCUGUUACACUGCCCGAGUUUCAAAAUAAAAUACACUCUUUACUCAGUGCGCUUUAAGAUAUUUUUUAAUAUAAAUCUCUCACGUUAUCAUGGAUUUUGUUGUUGAAUAAAUAAAUAUAUUAAUCACGGAUUUUGUUGUUGAAUAAAUAAAUAUUAAUCACGGAUUUUGUUGUUGAAUAAAUAUAUUAAACUGCUCAACAGUUGUUUUGAAUUAACUUCAAAGCAGAAAAAAAACUGCCCAAAAACGUACAUUUAUUCGUAAACUUAUAAAACCGAAAAUUAACUUUUUUAAAGGAAUUAAAAUGUUAAUUUGUUAAUAAUAUAAAAGCAAACAUAAGUAUCAUGAUUAUAUUGAGUCAAUUUUGUGAAUUGGGGGGAAAUGCAUAUUAGCUGCAGUUCCCGAUUUGAACACCAGAUGGAGGCAAAUAACAGAAGCUGCCGUAACCUGGAAAGUUGUUCACAAUGUACAUCCACUGCAGUUGUUCGCCUCAUAAUUGCCAGUUAUGAUCCUCAAUGUCUCAAUAAUUAUCAAGCUGUGUCACUCUAUAAGUCUAGUUAUAUCCAGGAAUUAUGUUUCCAGAGUGCUUUAAUAAGCAAAUGCUGAUGCUAAACCGCAACAGUUUAAGCUUACAUGACAAUGUAGCUACAUUAUUUUACAGUUUGAUCGAUGAACUGCUGUUAAAAUCAAUAAAUUCCAUCCGCAGAGAUGAAGUUUGGUAUCGACUAUUUUCUUGAAGGGACGAUAUUGAAGUUUGAAGACUUUCGGUUGGGUCUAUAUCCGAGAUGGCGCGAUAUCGACAAUAACGACGACAAACUUCGGUCUGUCGUGUUUCCUGGAGCCAUCCCUACGUCCUGACCUUUAACCUCACUCGGAUCCCAGCUAACCGGAGAGAGCCGGGGUACAUUGACUGAUUGAAGGCCAAUCUAUUUAAGGCGAUGACGGAUGAAGAACUGUUUCUUUACUGGAGAGGGAACUAUUGACAACAGCCUUCAAUAGAACGCUAGUAGCCUCAAUUUCACUGCAGCCAUCGAGCAAUAGUAACAGAGGUGAAAAUGUGGUCUCAUCUAUUUCCUCUUGGCUGCGAUAUCAACAAUAAAGACAGUACUUUGGUGUAGUCUAUUUCCUGGAGGGGAAUGGCAGACUGGUCGUGUCUAUUUUCUGGAGAGCGGAACACUGACGCAUAGGACUGCGCUCCCGUAUUUCCUGGACUCGGCGAUAGACAAUAAUUUACUCCACGUGUGUGAGGAAAGCCAACUUCCCCCGAGUUAGAAGCGCACUAACUCAUCAAAAGGAAAAUACCGUAAAUAAAAACAAGCAUGUAUUACCCGCUCGUUUUUUUUUUAAUAUAAAAGUGGCGUCCCCUUUCCAAAGCUAGUUUUUCUCUUUAUUUUUAAGACUUCGCCGUUUUACAAGGAUCCCGGAUCCGGCCAUAUCCAGAAGUGUUUCUUCUUCUUCGAUUUUGUGAGAUCACGUGUGAUCACGCGAGAUUCCGAAAUCGGCGGCAAAACAGAAUCUAUAUGUGUCUUGUCUAUUUCUUGCAAAUAGUGAUCUAUAAUCAUCGUAAUCGAACACGUUUUAUGUGUGUAGUGUUGUCAAAGAAACACACUGGUGACACCACUUUUAACAAACAGCUGCCAGUAAAGAAACCAAACUUUCUUUUUUUUAUUUUGUUAAAAUCUCCACAGUUGUGACGUCACGUGGAUUUAAAAAAAAAAACUAAACAAACAAAAGAAUUGUACAAACAGCAUACAACAACAGCACCAGAACCAACGAAAGUGUCAGUAAACACAUUUAUACAGGUAUAAUACUAUAUAUAUAUAUAUAUAUAUAAAGAAAAGAUAAAGGUAUGACAGGAAUUAACAGUCAGUGUACGGAUUCAUCUUUAUAUUUAAUCUGAUUAUGAUAAUUAAAAAAAACAACAACAACCUGGGUGCAAUAGAGUACUAUUUGAGAUAUAUCAUAUAUACUCUGAUAUAUACAUGUUUUGUUUAUAAGUGCUUUAAGUGGAGCGGUUCAUAAAAACGAAGCUUGGAAAUGACUCCGGUUAGCUUAGCUUUGACGCGGAACGCGCAUAAAGAUUUAUGUCGAUUUGUGUCCGUAGGAAUACAUGUUCUUUUUUUAAAUCACGCAAGUGGUCAUGCUCUUGUGGUCCAAAUGCAAAACAUAAUAAUAAAAUAAUACAAGAAAAGAGCGUAAAGCUAAAUUGCACACUGAUGAGCCAAAUGUGAAAAGACUAGAUAUGAUUUUAGUUUUUUUUUUUAAUUAACAUACACAAAUGCUAACUGCUGCACUAGCUUCUCACCUAAAUUAUUCAACCCACAGUAAAAUAAAAAUGUAAAAUUUCAAAACGGCUUUAUUUUUUUUAAUGUGAAUUUAACGCAAGCAUAGCUGCCACAAUUGUCUUUAUGCCAAGAUUGAUAACACUAUUUACGUUUAAAAUAAUUGCUAAACCGCUACUGUUAGCUUGAAACAUCUUAUUCUGACUUGAUGGCAACUAAAGAAAAAGCUAUGAAGAAUAAUUUUUCACGUUUAUGUCCUAAAGUAAAAUAUAGGCAACUGGAGUUGUUAGUGUAUAGCCUGUUACAGCCUUAGCGCUAGCCUUGCGAACGCCGAGUCUUUGUUUUGACGAAAACCCAUCAAAAUGUCACCAGUUCACGUUUUAUGUCCCCCAAAUAAAAUAAAAAAACACACACACAAUUCUCUCUAUGCUAUGCUAACCUAUGAUAGCAUAAUGUUCACAAAUGCUUGUUUUUAGGGAUGGAAACCAGUACAAAUGGAAAUGGGGAAAGAUUUGGUAAAUGAUGUUUAUGUCUUACCUAAAAAAAAUAAAAAGGUGUCUUUGCUAUGCUAACCUAUUCUCGCAUUCUGUUAGCUCGUUUCUUUUGAAGGAUGGAAACAAAAGAUUUUGGAACACGAAGUUUAUGCUUUACCAAUAAAUGAACAAAAUAAUUCUGCCUAUGCUAUGCUAAGCUAAAUUAGAAAAUUUGCUGAUUAUUGUUUUCAAGGACGAAAAUGGAAGAUUUAUGACCUACAUACUGACAAAUGAACAAAAUGUUUCUAUGGUAUGCUAAGCUAACCUACUCUAAUAAUAUUUGUUUUGCAGGAUGGAAGCAAGAUUUCGUACUACAUUGAACUUUGACUUAUUUUUGUGAUUUCAUCUGGGGAAAAAAAUGAUAUUUCUUGAUGUUUUUCAUUUACAAGAUGUUAGCAACUGUACGAAAGUGAUUUGGUUGUAAAUCAAAAAAUCUUCACUUGGCAAACAUUUUCUAAAGAUUCUGUGUGACACUGCUCCUGAAUCCAGAACAUGGACGACACCAAGUUGUUGUUUUUUUAAAACUCAUUUCAACGUAUCAUCAUGCACAUGCGACAUAGGCAAUUCUUAUGAAAGAAUUAAAAUUGUUAGCGUAUUUACA